AUCGCGUGAUGUGAGAGUGGCCGGUUCUGUCCCCCAAGAUGGCGGCGGGCGUUCAGUGAGCGUGAGCGGUGGCGGCGCUAGCUCGGAGCAGGGGAGCGAAGGCCUGGCUGCUGGGGAAGGCCCCGCGCCGCUCAACAUUCCCCCCCCCGGGGCCCUAGGAUGGUAAAAUGACCCAGGGGGGGAAGAAGAAACGGGCCGUGAACCGCAGCAUCAUGCUGGCCAAGAAGAUCAUCAUUAAGGACGGCGGCACGCCUCAAGGAAUAGGUUCGCCUAGUGUCUACCAUGCUGUCAUAGUGAUUUUUUUGGAGUUUUUUGCUUGGGGACUUUUGACAGCACCUACUUUGGUGGUGUUACAUGAAACCUUUCCCAAGCAUACAUUUCUAAUGAAUGGCCUAAUCCAAGGAGUAAAGGGCUUGUUAUCGUUUCUCAGUGCCCCUCUCAUAGGUGCUCUAUCUGAUGUUUGGGGACGAAAGUCCUUCUUACUCUUAACAGUAUUUUUCACUUGUGCACCAAUUCCUUUGAUGAAGAUCAGCCCAUGGUGGUACUUUGCUGUUAUCUCUGUUUCUGGAGUUUUUGCAGUGACUUUCUCAGUGGUGUUUGCUUAUGUAGCAGAUAUAACCCAAGAACAUGAAAGAAGCAUGGCCUAUGGGCUGGUUUCAGCAACUUUUGCAGCAAGUUUAGUUACCAGCCCAGCUAUUGGUGCCUACCUUGGUCGAGUCUAUGGAAAUAGCUUGGUAGUGGUCCUAGCUACAGCUAUAGCUUUGUUGGAUAUUUGUUUUAUUCUUGUUGCUGUACCGGAAUCGCUGCCCGAGAAGAUGAGGCCAGCAUCAUGGGGAGCACCCAUUUCUUGGGAACAGGCUGACCCCUUUGCAUCACUAAAGAAAGUGGGUCAAGAUUCCAUAGUGCUUCUAAUCUGCAUAACAGUCUUUCUUUCCUACCUCCCGGAGGCAGGUCAAUAUUCCAGCUUCUUCCUAUACCUCAGACAGAUAAUGGGAUUUUCACCUGAAAGCGUUGCAGCAUUUAUAGCAGUUCUUGGGAUUCUCUCCAUUAUUGCACAGACAGUAGUUUUGAGCUUACUUAUGCGGUCCAUUGGAAAUAAAAACACCAUCUUACUGGGUCUGGGAUUUCAAAUAUUACAGCUUGCAUGGUAUGGUUUUGGCUCGGAGCCUUGGAUGAUGUGGGCAGCAGGGGCUGUUGCAGCAAUGUCUAGUAUUACGUUCCCAGCAGUAAGUGCACUAGUUUCACGAACUGCUGAUGCUGAUCAACAGGGUGUUGUUCAAGGGAUGAUAACAGGAAUUCGAGGAUUGUGUAAUGGUUUGGGACCAGCACUUUAUGGUUUUAUAUUCUACAUAUUCCAUGUAGAAUUGAAUGAACUCCCAAUGACUGAAACUGAGUUGGGAGGUAACGUGGCCACACAACACCAUUCACAACAGACUACUUGCAAAUUGCUGAGGGUCUCAGCGGACCACUUAAUGAUGUUUCCAAAUGUUUGUACUGUUAGCUAACUAUUGUAAAGCACUUUGGAUAAAAGUGCUAUAUAAAAAACUUUAUAAUUUUAAGGUUUUUUUGUUCUACAAAUAAAAGCGCACAACUCAUAUUUUAAUAUCAUAGUCUUACCUUUCUAAUGUGAUGGAUAUGCCCUCUCUCUCCUGUCGCAGCAGACCUGAGCUGGGGCUGGGAAGGAGGGGGGAGAGGGUCUCUUCCCGCCAUGGCAGCCCUGGAACUGGGGAAAGUCGCCUCUUUCUCUGGCCAUCGCAGCCCUACAUGUCCCAAAUUCUCCCCCACUGCCCCCUCCCACCUACCCCCUAUUCCUCCCCAAGGCCACCACCUCACCUUAAAUGUGCAUCUUCUCCAGGCACCUAAUUAGGUGGGAGGCCCUUCAUUCUCUCGUGUGGGGCAGCCCAGGCACCCAUCUUAGAGGGAACUAUGCAUGCCACGUGAAUGUAGCUUGCGGACCACUGGUGAUCCGUGGACCACAGUUUGAGAACCUCUGUCCUGGACCUUGGGAAGGUGGGCGGGGGGGGAAAUAAAUUGGAUACUCUAGUUCAUCUUGCUGCCAAUUCAGAACUGUACCCUGUGGCACAUUCUACAGUGCUUUAGUCAGUCCAGCUUUAAAUGAAUCAAGCAAAGGGACUUCUCAAACCACUUCUAUUGUGAGACUCUUGACCUGUCUAAUAACUCUUGCAAUUAAGACAAUCCCCUUGAUAUUGAGCCUAAAUUUUCCAGUGAUUGAUCGAUCCCGUUGCUCCUUUGGAUUGCCCUAAAAAGAACCCCAUUGGUUCACGUUUUUAAACACUUUCUAUUCUCAGUCUUCUGACAAGUUACACAUCUGUGGAUUCUUUCCUUGUAUGUUGGUCUCUUUUGCCUGUUAACUUCUGCUUUUCUUUAACUUGUAAAUAUUUCUGGUACUAAUGUGCCAGAAUUGUCUAGUGAAUAUUUUUAAAACAUGUGAUUUAGAUUUAGAUUUGCAUCCGAUGAAGUGAGCUGUAGCUCACGAAAGCUUAUGCUCUAAUAAAUUUGUUAGCCUCUAAGGUGCCACAAGUACUCCUUUUCUUUUUGUGAUUUAGACUGGACACUAAAAAGCUGAAUAUGCUUUGCUCUUUUCAUACUUCCUUGUGGUGUGCUUCUUGUCGGGCCUUACCACUUCUUGUAGCACUUUCUCCUCUUUAUUUGAUAUUGCAAAACAUUCUGGCCUGUCAAUAUGCCGCCUCCUAUAAGGAGGCAGAAAUUGCCAUUAUGGUCAUAAAUACCAGUCUAUACACUUGCUCGCAUUCAAGGAAUGGAGUGCCAAGUCUGGUCCUUCCAGCUAUAGCUUAUUAUUUUUAAAAAUAAAUAUCUAAAACUUACUACUGCAAAAUAAGUCUACGAGUCAGCCAGUCGACUUGAUGGUGUGGUGAAAGACAGAGCUUCAAGAUCUUGUUGUCCUUUUAUUUACACUUGAUUGGAGAGGGGGAUUGGUUUACUCAAUUUACUUAAAGUAUUAAUGCUCAAAUUCCAUGAAUGAAAAGAGUAAAACCAUAGAAUGAAAUCCAGACAUAAAGUAACUUUCUGGCUGAGAUGAAAAAUAAGAUCAUAGUCCCUUUUGUAUAGUUAAAUGACUUCUUACAGUGUCUAAGUCUAUGAACACUGUGUACCAUUGUAAUGUCUACAACAGGAUAUAUUUAAGGCUGAAGGAGAGUCUUCUGCUUUUGUAUUUUCUGUUUAAUUCACAGUCCUGUUUAACUUUUUAAAUAGUAGUAAAUACCUUGGCUUUGCUUGUUUAAAUGUAGCUGUUAGCUACAUUUGAAUUGUGGGUGGACUGAUUUAAGAUCUCGAUAAUCUUAUUUUCACACACACACACACACACACACACACAGAGUGAAAUAUGUCCCUGCUCUCAGGAAAGGUGAAAGAGGAGUGGGGAAGCAAGUGCUACUAACAGUUCAUUCUCUUCAUAACUUGCUCUAAUGCUGUGCAUAGCUGAGAAUUGCAUGGUGAAGGAGCAGUCUGUUCAGUUAACUUUUGUAUUUCAGUACCUUAUGCACAUUACUUUCUCUGUCUUCAGGCUUGUCUUCACUGCAACAGUUAGUUCAAGUUUCUCCACUCUAGCCUAGUUCCAGUGAGCGUGACCACAUUGAUGCAAUAUUUGAGCUACACAGAGCGAAUGGAUUAGCAGUUGUUGGAUUACUAUCUCCAGUGUCAGCAGCAUUCGUGUUUCAACCUACUCCCAGUCCCAGAUGGGCUAGCAAGCUAGAGAUUUGUGUUUUUGAAAGGAGCUGGGUUAGGGACAAAGCUUGAGUUGUACCUCAGGUUAACAGGGCAGUGAAGACCAACCCUAUACUUCAUCUGGUAGCUACAGUGUUUUUUUUGUUUUUAGUUUUUUUAACUAUUUGGCUGGAAAUAGCAGUUCAGCUGUAUGAUUUUCUAAGUUUGUAUUUCUGGCAGGUAAGACACUAUGCAGAAUUCUCUUCACAGGAAACAUGCCACUGGUGUUUAAAAAACACCCAAAGAGAAACUCCUCUAACAAGUUUCUCCUCUUCUGGGUUUCCUCCCUCAACCUUUGAAAAUUACUAUUGUUCAUCUAUGAAUAAGGUUUACUAAGGCUGGGUAUUGAAAUAGCCCACUCAUUAAGAGUGCUCUGCCCUAAACUAAUGAAAUUGUAAAAUAUUUUUAAGUACAGAGCCUGAUGUGAGAAAAAACAGUAUCUGUGAACUAUGGAUUUACUUAACUGUGCCUCUAGAAAAUAAAUGUUUUUGUUGUUUUCAGAACUCCAUAAUUCCUGGACCCCCAUUCUUGUUUGGAGCAUGUUCUGUGCUGCUGGCUUUGCUUGUUGCCUUGUUUAUUCCUGAACACACCAAUCUAAAUGUACGGUCCAGCAAUUGGAAAAAACACAGUGGCAGUCAUGGUCAUCCACACAGUCCACAGGCCCCUGGCGAGGCCAAAGAACCUUUAUUACAAGAUACAAAUGUAUGACGACAAAAUCCAGAAAAACUUUUAUAUUUCAUAGGUCUUGUUUCCAGUUCUGGAUACAUUCCAUUUACAUAAAAAUGUAAUUUCUUAACUUUAUCUUAAGAAACCGUAUCUUUCUGCAUGAAAUUUGUAGGAACUACAGCCAGGAACUGGAAAUUUCUCCAAAGACGUUACAAUUAAAUUAACUUGCUUUUAAAAAGAACAAACUAAGCACUGGUCUCAUACUAUUAAUUAACCUUUUCAUCCUGAUUCUGAGACAAAAAGGAAAACACAUUCAAGAUAUCGGCAUGUGCCCCUGUGUCCAUUUCCUUAAGGUGUAAAGCUUUAAUUCUCUUCAUGCUAAGUCUCAAUGAGACAUACUAGCAUAUUUGUGGACCCAUUCAUUUUAUGUUGUAAAAUUUUGGGUCAGAUGGUACAAAGCCUUAAUGUAAAUGCACUCAAGUAAGGAAAAGGUGAAUUGGUUUCCUUUUAAAAUCACUAUGGGAGGUUUUAAGUUUCUACUAAUACAAAAUCAUGUGGUGAGCACACUUGCUGAACAGUAAAAGUUCUGUGUGUAAGUAUUAGUCUAAUUCUUCCUAAUUUUUGGAGUACAAGAUAGUAUCAAACAGUAUUUAAAUUAGGGGGUCUUAUGAGCCUACAAGAUUUUAAUAUUGGCUCUAAAACUGCUUUCUCAAAUAGUUUGUUUAUACCACUAUAUUUCUGAUGUUUGCGUAAUCAUAAGGACCUCAAAACUUGAAUACACAAACUGAAAUAUAAGCUGAUAGCCUUGAAAAUGGCCAUGUGCUAUACAGUGGCCUUUCAGGACUGGCUAGUAACUUUUUUUACUUUUACAGAGCUAAUGCUUUAGUCCUAAAUUUUCAGGACCCUAGUACAGGAGAGAGCUUUAUACAGUUACCGAUGUGAAUUUCUCUAAAAAUGUAUAUUUUUGUGUCCAGUUGUAUUAUUUAAACAAGUAUUCCUUUGUAUAAAUUGUGUAUAAAGUAUAGUUUAAAAUGUUUUCAGUUUGUGGUUACUGCUUACUGUUUUUUUUAACUUUGAACAUGCACUGUGGUUGAUGGAGUGUGGGAAAAUGCGAAAAUAUAUUAAUAAAUGAAUAUUUUAAUGAA